AUGAUGGAAGCUGCUUCGAGGUGGCAAGACGGACUUGCUCUUCAGAGCUCCACGACGGUCCCGACUUCACAUAUAACCCUCGGUCUCGCCAGUCCGGUUCUGCAUGUCGUCCUGGUCCGGCAGCGCGAGCUCGAACUCGAACGCAUCUUCCCCGAGUCCCAUGUAUCGCUAGGUCCUGAGAAGAGGCACAAUGGAAAAGGGGCUCCGGGGCUAGAACUCGCAAGCAAUGUCGAUGGCGUCAAAGCCGGCCAGACCAAACUCGCAACCAAUGUCGAUGGCGUCAAAGUCGGCCAUUGGCUGAUAUCGGCUUUGGACAGGCACAAGAUUCACUUCCCGCAGCACCGAGGCACCAAACCCAAAGGCGAGGAUGGAAAGACGCCGAACGAUGUGUAUUCCAGCCACAAGCUCGACAGCAUAAGUGUGUGUCCCAACUACAAAGAUCCCAACCACAAGCUCGACAGCAUAAGUGCGUGUCCCAACCACAAGGAUCCCAACUCAAGUCGACAGCUCGACAGCACAAGUGCGUGUCCCAACCACAAAGAUCCCAACCACAAGGUUGUAUUCAACCACAAGCUCGACAGCACAAGUGCGUGUCCCAACCACAAGGAUCCCAACUACAAACUCGACAGCAUAAGUGCAUAUCCCAACCACAAGGAUCCCAACCACAAGAGCCGCCGAAUCCCACACUCGCCUAACCGCAACAACGUCACAGUCUUGACCGAAUUCCGUUGCGGCAAGUGCAGCGAUUCGGGCUAUGAGUCGGGUUCAGAGAGUAGCCACCAGGCUGCCAUUGAGACUGUCUCUACCGAGGUCGGCAAGGCGACGGGUUCAGAGAGUGGCCACUAG